AUGACUGGGGCUUGGGACGCGUCCAAGGAGUGCUGGUGGAAGCCCAGCACGUGGCACCCUGCCGCGCAGAUAUGGAAGGGCGGCGGCAUGGGCUCGAACGACGUGGCGGCGCUGCGCUGGAGGCCUGGAUGCAACGGACUCGUGCCCUUCAAGUACAUGCUCCCUUACUUCGCGUUCGGCUUCGGCGCGACGUACCUGUUCUACGACUUGGUCUUCAUCCGCAAUAUCAACGGCUGGGAGCGGCCGGAGACGGCCACGCCCGAGGCUGUCGCGGCCCAGACGGCUGCGGGCCGCAACGCCCGCUUCGUGUCCAACCCCGACGUCGUCGUGGCGCGCAACCCCAUCUACACCGGCGUGCCGCCGGCGGAGUACAAGCGCAAGUACGAGGACGUGGUCGCGGCGGGUGAGCCCGUGGCGCAGUUCCCGGGCGGCGAGGACGAGUAG